AUGGCACCAAACAAGGGCCCAGAUGAUCCCUACCACCACAAGUUUCAUUGUGGUGGCAAACAUCGCAAGGGCCACUGGUGCUGGACCGAUGCUGAAAUCAAGAGCCUCAAGCACCAGGCGGGUGUGCUGCACCUCGAAUGGCCUAGCAUCGCCAAGUCCUUCAAAAUCGACGGCUUCGUCCGACACGACGCACUGCAAUGCUUCAAGAAGUGGACCGAGUACAGGGACUCGACUGCACAAACACCUAUCAGGUCCACGACACUUCAAGAGAAUACACCGGCUUAA